GCGGGAGCGCCCCCCUCUCGGGGAGCCCCGGAGCCGGGCCCGGCGCGCCGGAGGUCCCCUCCCAGCCACAUGCCUCCGCCCCGCGCCGCCGGCAGCCCUGCGCCCAGCCCCUCGCCCCUGCGCCGCCGGAGCCGGCGUGCCGACAGCAUGAUCGCCGCCGCCGCCGCCGGGCCGCGGCCGGAGGGCAGGUACCCGCUGCACCGCCUGGUCUGGCACAACCGAGCCCGCGAGCUGGACCGCGAGCUCAGCACCCAGCAGGUGGACAUUGAGCAGCUGGACCCGCGGGGCCGCACGCUGCACCUCGCCACCACGCUGGGCCACCUGGACUGCGCCAGGGUCCUGCUCCAGCAUGGAGCUGAUGUGGGCAAGGAGAACCGCAGCGGCUGGACAGUGCUCCAAGAGGCAGUGAGCACCCGUGACCUGGAGCUGGUGCAGCUGGUCCUGCGGUACCGUGAUUAUCAGCGAGCCGUCAAGCGCCUGGCCGGGAUCCCCAUCUUGCUGGAGAAGCUACGCAAGGCCCAGGAUUUCUACGUGGAGAUGAAAUGGGAAUUCACCAGCUGGGUGCCCUUGGUCUCCAAGAUCUGCCCCAGCGACACCUACAAGGUGUGGAAGAGCGGCCAGAACCUGCGUGUGGACACGACGCUGCUUGGCUUCGACCACAUGACCUGGCAGCGGGGAAACCGCAGCUUCGUCUUCCGGGGACAAGACACCAGCGCGGUGGUGCUGGAGAUCGACCACGACCGGCAGGUGGUGUACUCCGAGACGCUGGCCCUGGCCAGCCACGACCGCGAGGGCCUGCUGGCUGCCGUGCAGCCCACUGAGGAGCAGGUGAUGGGCCGGCUCACCGCGCCCGUCGUCACCACACAGCUCGACACCAAGAACAUCGCCUUCGAGAGGAACAAGACGGGGCUUCUGGGCUGGCGGAGCGAGAAGACAGAGGUGGUGAACGGGUACGAGGCCAAGGUUUACGGUGCGUCCAAUGUGGAGCUGAUCACACGGACGCGGACGGAGCACCUCUCCGACCAGCACAAGGGCAAGAGCAAAGGCAGCAAGACCCCGCUGCAGUCCUUCCUGGGGAUCGCCGAGCAGCAUGUGGGGCCCAGCAAUGGGACGCUGAUCACGCAGACCCGGAGCCCCACCAACCCCACGGCCAUCACCCCCGAGGAGUACUUCGACCCCAGCUUCGAGCUAGGCAGCAGAGACAUGGGGCGCCCCAUGGAGCUCACCACCAAGACGCAGAAGUUCAAGGCCAAGCUGUGGCUGUGUGAGGAUCACCCGCUGUCCCUGUGCGAGCAGGUGGGGCCGAUCAUCGACCUCAUGGCCAUAAGCAACGCGCUGUUCGCCAAGCUCCGGGAUUUCAUCACGCUCCGCCUCCCGCCUGGCUUCCCCGUCAAGAUAGAAAUCCCCAUUUUCCACAUCCUCAACGCCCGCAUCACCUUCGGGAACCUCAACGGCUGCGACGAGCCCGUCAGCUCUGUGCGCCGCAGCUCCGGCAGCGAGGCGCCCUCGCCUAGCAGCGACUCCUCCAGCGUCAGCAGCUCCAGCUCCCUGGCCUCCUGCCGGGCCUGUGAGAUGGACCUGUCCCUGUUCGAGGCCCCGCCCGGGUACAGCGUGCUGGGCAGCCAGCGGGACGCCAUGCGCGAGGAGGACGACGACCUGCUGCAGUUCGCCAUCCAACAGAGCCUGCUGGAGGCGGGCACUGAGUACGACCAGGUGACCAUCUGGGAAGCUUUGACCAACAGCAAGCCGGGCACACACCCCAUGUCCCAGGAGGGCCGGCGAGGAGACAGGUCACCCCAGCACACACCUCCGCCGCGGCAGGCCGGCCCCCAGCAGCAAGGCCGGGGCAGCGGUGGGCCCAGCCCCCUGUUCCGCAGCUACGGCGAGCAGCUGCGCCUGGCCAUGGAGCUGUCGGCGCGGGAGCAGGCAGAGGCGGAGCAGCGCACGCGGCAGGAGGAGGAGGAGCUGCGGCGAAUCCUGCAGCUCUCGCUGACCGAGCAGUAGCCCAGCGCCUGCGACGGGCCCUGCAGCUCUUGCCCAGCUCGCGCUGAGCCGGGCCCGGCCUGUGGCCCGGGGUGGGCCUUCCCUGGGCCGCGGCGGGGUGGCAGCGGUGCCCACGUGAGCAGAGAGGUGCUGGCCCGCCGCAGAUGCCAUCGAACGGAGCCAUUCAGAGACCAUGCCAAGAACACUGCCAGGGGCACAGGGCUGCCCCGCCAGGAGGAGACUCGGCUGCGUCAGAGGGAGGUGGGAGCCCCGGUGGUGCCGCUUACGGUGCCCUGCGCCCCAGAGGGAGUGGGCUGGCUCCCCAUGCCCCCCGGACUCCUCAUUAACCCUCGCCUGCCCUGGGCAGCCCCAAUGACCCAGGCCCGGCCAGUGAGGGGCAGAGAUUGCGGGCCUGGGGUGGAGUUUACAGAAUGGGGAGAGGGCACCGUGCCUGUGGGGGAGGAGAGGACGGGGCUGCGGCGGCAGGAGGUGACCUGCUGCGAGGCAGGGGGCACGCCGAGGCCCCUUACUCACGCCCCAGUCCCAGUGGGUGGGUACUCACCAGCUACAGCCAGCUGUAGGGGCUGGCAGAGCAGGGGGUGGAGAGCCCAGGGCUGGGCUAGCAAGAGGCUGUGGGUCAGGAGUGAGGGGCACCAGCAGAGCUGUGGGUCAGGAAGGGAGGGUGCUAGCUAAGCAGUGUGGGGCCCAGAGGCAGGGCCGGAUGGGGUGAGCUGCGCAGGGAAGCAGGAACGCUGCUGCAUGGUGAUACCAGGAGCUGCUCCCCCCCCCCCACCCCGUGCUGCCUGGACUAGGCCCCUUACCCUGCCCCUCCCCUCCCCUGGCAGCUGAGCCUGUCUGAGCCUCCCGCCCCCUGUGACCCACAGCAAGGGCAGGGCCCUGCUGCACACACUCUCCCCCCCACUGUGGGCUCACAGAGGCCCCCAAGUCUUCUGUGACCCAGGGACACUGCCCAACUCCCCCAGGCCUGGUGCCCAGAGCCCCUCCCCUACUGCCUGGCUGCAUGGGGCUUUGGCACUGCCAGCGGCCGGCCCUGACACAUUCACGCCUAUGCCAUGUGUGAGGCUGCUGGUGCCAGGCCCUGCCUUCCUGCCUCACCCCAGGGCUGCCCCCAGGAGCUGGGCCGGGGAACGAGCAGGGCCAGAGAUGGGGGAGGCUAGCACCCAGGGAGCCCCUAGGGAGGUGGGCACAGGGCAGGUAACCUCUGCCCUCCAUGCUGAACCCACGCCGGCUGUAGGCACCAGCUCCGUCUGCUGCCCUCGCAGCACGCGCCAGUCCCAGGGCUCCGUGGCACCGAUACAGCAUCAAGUGCACUUAGCCAGGAGCCAGGCCAGGCCUGUGGGCUGCCAGCCGCUUUGCCACUAACCACGGAGCCCCACCGGCCCAGCCCUGCCAGAGGCCACCCACCCCGCCAGGGCCGUGCCCAGAGCCUGCACCCUCCCCAGCCCCGUGGGGGUGCUGCCCAGGCAGGCCCUUGCCAGCACACUUAGGGUGGGCAUUUACCAAAGCCUGCUAGUGGGGGGAGGGGGCAGGGCAGGUGCUGCAGCCCCCACCCCAUGCCCAGGAGCCAUUCCCCAGAGGAAGCACUGCCCACCCGCUGACAGCCCAGCCCUGGGGCAGCCCACACACCUCCUUUGAGGUGCCCGGCUGGAGCUGACUCCUGAACUAUGGGGAGUGGGGGCAGGUUUCUCUGCCUGGACAGCACCUGCACCCCAGGCCGGGGGGUGUCUGCCAACACCAUCAUUAGGAUGGGGAGCCCCCUCCCCACUUUCCCUGGGACAGCCCAGCAUGGCGUGACUGCCCCCUGCUGGCCCUCCAGCUCUCAAGUGAGCCCACUGAGGGGGGUUGGGGGGGGAGUCAGGAGCACCCCCUGAGCCAGCCAUAGGUUCCUGCUGCCAGGCCCUCCCAGCCCACACGCUGCAGCCCCAUGGCCUGGGCGGAGGGGUUCCCUAGCACCCCCCGCAGCCCACACUCCUCACACAGGGUCCAAAACCCCAGAGAAACCUUACGUCAAAUGGUGCUAAGUCCCCGUGUCCCCCUGCCCCCGAGAACACAGCAGCCCUGUGCUGAGAUGGGGCCCAGGCCCACCCUGUGCCAGGCUGGGGGCACAGGCCUUUGCUCGGUUUGCACAGAGGACAGACCUUCUGGCAUGCCAGCGCAGGGGCGUGGCCCCGUGUACCCGGCUGGCAGGUCAACCCCCGCCUGAGGGGACCCACCGCCCGGCGAGGAGCCAUCUCACUGAAACCGGGGCAGCAGCGGGCGCUUGGCUCCCUCCCGAAGCUGUGACAGGGCAGGGACCUUUUCUUAGUCGCCCACGGCACCUCCCCACACCAACUGUACAGCAGGGGCUGGGGCACGUGGCCGGGGCACGUGGCCACGGCCUGGCGGGUGGGCCCGGCCCACAGGCUGCGAUCACGGUGGACGCCAAUAAAAGUCUUUAACAUUUG